GUGACCAACAGAAUAGGCCCGAUUAUUUUGCCUAAAGAUGGCUGCCGCAAAAGGCUGCCUGUUGGCAAAUACAGAUUUCCCUGUGUACUGUGUUCGAUCAUUAGGCGACAGUCACUUUUUAAUAGCUGGGGGCGGUGGCCAGGCAAAAACAGGAGUUCCAAAUGCUAUAGAGGUUUACGAGUUGAAAUUAGUAGAUGAUAAAGUUAUUGCUGCAAGCAUAUGUCGUCAUGAUACAGGGCUACAAGCUGUUAUGAACUGUGCACCUUUUCUGUACGAUGGUCGAAAUCAUCACUUGGCAACAGGCCAGGAUGAUGAGUGUCACAUCUACUCUUUGAAGUAUAAAGUUACUGUAUUGGACAAAAGCUCAUCAGAAGAAAAUUCAGCGCAAAAACGAAAAAAGGACGUCGAGGAAAAAGAAAAGAAAAGCGACGAAAGCUCUACUAAACAAAUCAAAUUUGAUGUUACAGAAAUCAAAAAAUUUACAACCGACUUCGGCGACGAUGCAGGCUUUCAAAAAGUGGUUCGCUACAAUGACAAGAAGAAAAUAUUGGCUACAGGUGGUGCAGAUGGUCACCUUCGAGUUUGGAAGUAUCCAGACUGUACGAAAAGCAUUGAAAUUAAAGCUCAUAAAAAUGACAUAGAUGAUCUGGACAUCUCUCCGUGUGGUAAAUAUAUAGUAACAGUUUCUAGAGAUCAUACUGGCUGUAUAUGGAGUGUAGAAAGUGGCAAAAAAAUAACCGAUUUAAUUUUACCAAAAGUAGAAAACUAUAGAUUUAGAUCUUGCAGGUAUGGUCUGUCAAGCGGCAAAAAUGACAAGUAUAAUAUAUAUACAAUCGCAAUUCCAGCGAGACAGUCUUCUAAACCAUUGCCUUGUUAUUUAACUUCUUAUAACGAUAAAUAUACCGUAAGGAAACAAAGUGCUGCUGGAACAGAAAUAUUAUCUUCAUUAGCCGUCAGUGAUGAUGGUGUAUUUAUUGGGCUUGGUACCAUAUCCGGUAGUGUUGCAGUUUAUAUAUCUUUUAGUUUGCAGAAAUUGUACUGUUUAAAAGCAGCACACAGCAUCUUCGUCACUGGUUUAGAGUUUAUGCCCAAUUCAGAGAAUUGUCAAGCUUUAACUGGAGGAAAAGAUUUCACGUUAUUGAGUGUGUCUGCUGAUAAUACUAUUAAAUUACACCAAGUUUCUCCUAGAGGAUCAAUUAGUGCUGUGUGGUUGGUUUUAGGUGCCUUAUUAAUUAUCUAUCUUUUAUUCUGGAUGUUGGCUGAAUUAGGUAUCUAAAGUUAUUUAAACGUCUUCAUAAUCAUGAUCCAAGUGACCAAAUAUUUAAACAGUAUUUAUUUUAGUUUUUACCGAAGAAAACUAUUUGAGAAAGUGUGUCCACACGAAUUUGUGGUCAGACAUUGGUGACGGCAAUAGAUAUAAAUGUGCACAUUAAAUAUAAGCCUAUUAAAACACAAAACAAAGAGUUUUCAAUAUUUAUUCCUAGCGCAAAUUUACAUAUACAUGUUAUAUAUAUAUAUAAAAUAAUGAAUUAUACAUUCAUGUAAGUUGAUAAUCAUUAGAUUAAUCAAUUAUUAAUUGUGGAAAGGUGGCAAAAUUUACCUAAAUAAAAUGAUUUUUACCCAUUGUUUCUUCUUUAAAAAAAACCCCAAUAAAUUAUUCUAUAAAC